CAGUGGCAGUGGCGCUCUAGCCGGCGGCAGUGAGGGGCGGGAUCUUGGUGCUGCGGCCGGCAGGCAGCGAUGGCGGCCGUUCGGGGCCUGCGGGUGUCGGUGAAAGCAGAGGCCCCGGCGGGGCCGGCCCUGGGGCUCCCGUCCCCUGAGGCGGAGUCCGGCGUAGACCGUGGCGAGCCGGAGCCCAUGGAGGUGGAGGAGGGCGAGCUGGAGAUCGUGCCGGUGCGGCGCUCGCUGAAGGAACUGAUCCCGGACACAAGCAGGAGAUAUGAAAACAAGGCUGGCAGCUUCAUCACCGGGAUUGAUGUCACCUCCAAGGAAGCAAUUGAAAAGAAAGAACAGCGAGCCAAGCGCUUCCAUUUUCGAUCAGAAAUAAACCUUGCCCAAAGAAAUGUAGCCUUGGACCGAGACAUGAUGAAGAAAGCAAUCCCCAAAGUGAGACUGGAGACAAUCUAUAUUUGCGGAGUAGAUGAGAUGAGCACCCAAGAUGUCUUUUCCUAUUUUAAAGAAUAUCCUCCAGCUCACAUCGAAUGGUUGGAUGAUACCUCCUGUAAUGUAGUUUGGCUGGAUGAAAUGACAGCUGCACGAGCCCUUAUCAAUAUGAGCUCUCUGCCUGCACAGGAUAAGAUAAGAAGCAGGGAUGCCAGUGAGGACAAGUCAUCUGAGAAAAAUAAAAAAGACAAGCAGGAAGACAGUUCAGAGGAUGAUGAAGCUGAAGAAGGAGAGGUUGAAGACGAGAACACAAGUGACGUAGAGUUGGACACGUUGUCUCAGGUAGAAGAGGAGUCUUUGUUAAGAAAUGAUCUUCGUCCAGCUAACAAACUUGCUAAAGGAAAUAGGUUAUUCAUGAGAUUUGCUACAAAAGAUGACAAAAAGGAACUUGGAGCAGCCAGAAGAAGUCAAUAUUACAUGAAAUACGGGAAUCCAAAUUACGGAGGCAUGAAAGGAAUUCUUAGCAAUUCAUGGAAUCGAAAUAUCAUUCCCGUCGUAUCAGCGGGACGUGAUCAAGAAGAGAGCCCUGAUUGGGGAUGA